AUGGCAUGGCAGGCUGCCCCAUUUUGCUUGGCAGUCUUCUUCCUGGCCGCGGCCCUCCACCCUCAGGUAGCCGGGGCUCUCCAGGGCGGCAGCAAGAUUCAGAGGCCCAGAGGGAAAUCUGACAGCCCCAUCCUGGAAUCAGGGAAAUGCAAAGGCUUCUGUCUGCAGGGCUUACCCUGCAACCAACCUUGCGAUGGACCCUUUCAUGGAGAAAUAGGGUUUAUAUGCAAGAGUCAGAAAUGGCAAAAGUCCACGGAAACCUGCACCAGUCUAUCUGUGCAGUCCCUCUUUGAGGAAUCCCCAGUAUUUGCAGCCCCCGAUCGAGGCCCUGGCCAUGGCCUGCAGAUAUCUAUAGCGGCUUCACAGUUUGACAUGGACAUCGAGGCAGCUGGCCGUCCAGCCUCACGGCCGAGAGGCAAGGAGAGGAUCGAGAGCGCCAUGCAGGGAAUCAGCGAACGCUGCCCCGCUGACUAUGCCUGCAUUGUUGGUGGGGUGCAGGCCUCAGAGGCCACGUCCGGAAACAUCGCCUUCAUAGUGGAGCUUUUACGAAACAUCUCCACACAGUCAUCAGGGUACGUCAACAGAAAUCAAAUGCAGAGCUACAGUGCAGUGGCGAACCACAUUCUCAACAGAUCCAUUAUUUCCAACUGGGCCUUCAUCCCCGACAGAAACGCCGGCUCUGUCCUGCUGCAAUCGGUCAAUCUGUUUGCUAAGAACCUGUCCGUCCCUGAGGGGUCGGAAGUUGUCGCCGACCAGCCCUUCAUCCAGAUCAGAGGCUCCAGGCUUCUCCCCAAUGCCUCGGGAAAGACUUUCUUUUUCUCCCUGAGGGCGGACCCCUCAGAGAGGCCGUUUCUGGGGACCGUUCUUAUCCCUCAAGAGGAGAUGCGGAAGCUUCCGGCUUCCUCCCGGGCCGUCGGCAUCGCUUUCCCCACCCUGGGGGCCAUCCUCGAGGCCAGCCGGAGGUGGGACGGGACUACGCAGGGGCCCGUGAAUGGGUUGCUUCUCUCAGCAGUUUUGCCAGAAGGGCUGACACGGAUUCUCCUGGUCUUUGAGAAGAUGGAUAAAUCUCGGCCCGCCCCAUCUAAGUGCGUGGGCUGGCACUCGGAGAGGAGGGGAUGGGACGAGGGAAUCUGUGAGACCCAGACAGACACACGAGAGGAGGUCACCUGCCGCUGCACCUGUGCCGACCCCCUGACGGCCUUCUCCAUCCUGAUGUCACCCAAGAUGUUAGAAGAUGCGGGCCUGUUUUACAUCACCUGCGUGGGCCUCGGCGUCUCUAUCUUUAGCCUUGUCCUGUGCCUGCUGAUUGAAGCCGCUGUGUGGACCCAGGUGACCAGAACGGAGAUAGCGUACGUGCGGCACGUGUGCAUUGUGAACAUAGCCCUCUCUCUCCUUUUGGCGGACGGCUGGUUUGUCGCCUCUCUGUUCUUCAACAGCAGAACAUGGAAGCAUGACUGGUGUGUAGCUGUAACAUUUUUCAGCCACUUCUUCUACCUCUCCCUGUUCUUCUGGAUGCUCUUCAAAGCGCUCCUGAUCCUGUACUGGAUCCUGGUCGUCUUCCGCAGGCUCCAGAAGUCGGUCCUGAUGAGGGGCGCCUUCGCCGUCGGCUACGGCUGCCCGCUGCUCAUCGCCGCCAUCACGGUGGCCGCCACCGAGCCGGGGAAGGGCUACGUGAGGCGGGAAGCCUGCUGGCUCAACUGGGACAACACGCGGGCCCUGCUGGCCUUCGUGGUCCCGGCCCUGGUCAUCGUCGGGGUCAAUCUGGUGGUGGUUCUGGUCGUCGCCGUCAACACCCGGAGACCCUCCAUCGGCAGCUCCAAGUCUCAGGACGUGGUCACUGUUGUGAGGGUCAGUAAGAACGUGGCCAUCCUCACCCCUCUCCUCGGGCUGACCUGGGGCUUCGGCGUCGCCACCAUUGUGGACAGCAGCUCCCUCGUCUUCCACAUCAUCUUCUCCCUGCUCAAUGCAUUCCAGGGCUUAUUCAUCCUGUUGUUUGGAACUGCCCUGGAUCAAAAGACAAGAGAAGCCUUAAAGGAGAGGAUGUCUACACUGAAAGGGAAUUCCAGGACAGAGGUGUGCUGCAAGAGAAGGAUAUGGAAGACCACAUAAGGGGAGAAGCUG